AUGUAUGCCCCACCACCAGGUCCUCCACCAACCCUAUAUAAUCCACCGCCCGGCCCUCCACCCCUCACGCACUCAUCCCCUGCUCUUCCACAAGAUGCAUCAGAAUUGUCCACCUAUGUCCGACAAAACUUGACCACUCUUGCAUCUCAGGGCUGGCUAUCGCUACCGCUACCCCCCGAUCUUGAAGAACUAUACAGCGCUCUCUUUUCCCGUUCGGCCGAAUACUUCUCUCUCCCAACGACUGCCUCUGACAAGACCCGUUUUGCUGCGCCAACUGGUGCUGACGCUUCGGAUGAGGGCUUCUUCGACAUACCUGAAGAGAAACAGCUGAUCACAAUCCGACGACAAUUAGGAAUGCCCUCGCUACUCAGAGAUGCCUCUAACACAGCAUGGAAUGCGACGGGACAUUUGUUUCUUGAUACCAUGCACAAUAUUGCAGAGAGCCUUGAGCUGGAGGACGAUUUGGGAAUCUUCGACGACAUGUGCAUUGAGGCGGGUGGAUUCGAAGGGAAGGAUCGGGCGUCGAGCUUACUAAGACUGUUUCGCUACGAUCGUCCCCCAACUGGCAGCGAGAAACGUAUUGUCGCGGAAGGACACAAGGAUUUGGGUCUUUUGACGUUGGUAGUUGGCUCUUCCCCUGGUCUGGAUGCCCGUGAUGCAAAUACGGGAGAGUGGAUUAGCGUGGAGGAUGGCGCGAAUUCGCGACUAACAGCCACACUGCUUUCAGGCCAGACACUGACCUAUCUAACACGAAAUCUCUUUGCUGCUGGACCUCACCGAGUUUCUGUUCUGCCACCGUCCUCAUCGGACGAUCCAUACCGUUUCUCCCUCGUUUUUGCCCUUCGACCUGCGCCGCUCGCUCUUAUAUCAACAAGCCGCUUUGCUCGAUCACCACUGGUCGGACCGUUUCCGGAAGAGUUGCUAUCCUACGAAAAGAACAAUUACCCAGCUUGUAGUAUGGACGAGCAACCUGCAAAAGAGCUCUUCCGAUGCAUUUCCAAGAUGCAUUGGAACGUUAACAUUGCACCGGAGACCCGGGAGAAGCAACGGAGGAAUCUUAGAGGUGAAGGUGUGAACAACGCUGCGGAGAUUGUACAGGCCGGAAAUACGGAGGAGCCGUCGGAUGUAAGGAACUCGAGUCAAGCGUCCACCAUUCUCAGCCAAUCUAUUCCUCUACCCCCCAGCAUUUCUCUGUCCAGACAGAGAUUCAUGCUUCGUCCUCCAAUUAUAGCAGGCAAAAGAAGACUGUUGCUCCCCCACUCUGCUGUCCCUUUCCGGUAA